ACACUCUAACCUAUUAAACCUAAUUUUUUCGACAGAAAAUCAUUUAAACCCCACCCACCUAGGCCCAAACCAACCUAAAGCUCCACUAACAUUAAACAUUUUUUUCUCAUUUAUUUCAUUUCAAAUCCAACUCUCAGCUUCAAAUAAAUACCCAGUCCGCUACAACUUUUCAAUCAAAGCUCAACAUCUUCACUGUCCACACUAACAAUAUCCAGCUCAACAUACUUGUAUUUCUUGACCAAAAAAAGAACACAUACUUGUAUUUAAUCUCCUGGACAUGUUUUCAAUUAUUUAAAAAAAUGGGUAGAAUGGAAAAUCUCUGCCUCUACUGUACGGAUCUCAUCCUCAUCACUGAAUUAGCAUCUUCUAAUAAAGAUCUUGCAGCACCAUGCUCAACUUUUCUCACCAUAACUAAUUCCAUAAGAAAACAUCAAUAUUGAUGGAAGCUUUUAUAGUGGGGAAAGUAUAUUAUGGUUCUUGAAGGACCAGAAUUGCUUUUUAAAUUCUGAAGAAAUUGGGGUCAAUUUAAAAUAUAGCAAUUAUACAUUAACCUUUGCUUCUGAAUGACGUGGCAAAAAAAUUGCAACACUAAGCCAACUUAGCGUUAAGUCUAGAGAAAACAUUGAAAGUAACGGAGUUUGGUGGAGAGAGAGUGAGAGACAAAGGCGAAGUUGCUGCUGCUUGGGGCAUCUCUUGAGGCGGAGGGAUCGUUGAAUGCGUAUGUCUUAGCACCAAUAUUGCGGCAAAUCCGGUGACAAUUUGAGCAAGAUUAACUACCCAACCCAGCGAAGAAUACAAUGACGGAACUCGCGAUCGAGGUGAUCACAAGCGAGACCAUGUUUGCGGAAGAUGACGGAAUAGAAUCUGGUGAGGAAGAAGAAAUCGACAUUGGUGAGGACACACAUGGGAAGAAGAGUCAAAAAUCAUUCUAGACGGUAUUGGCUCAUUCGACGUAAUCGAUUUUACAUCGCUGACGUCGGACCAAAUGCAGGGAUUUGAGUUUGUAGACUUGCAGAUGACUUAUGACUUCUACAAUGAGUAUGGGCGCAUCAAAGGGUUCUCGGUUCGGCGGUCUAAAGUUGGGCAAAGCAUGAAGGUUGGGUCGGAGGGAGAAAUGCUGUGGCAAAUCUUUGUGUGUUCGAGACAAGGCGAGUGAGAGGGUAAACACACCCAUCGAGUUGAUAGGAAAAUGGUUCCUAGACCAAUCACACAAUGUGGGUGUUAUGCAUGUAUAAAGGUUCACCUUGACUAAACAACCGGGUGAUGGUUCGUUGAAUUCUUUUCUGACCAACACAACCAUGACAUGUUGGAUGCAAGGUUCUGAGGAUUGCUGCGUUCUCAUCGAGCAAUUAAGGAAGGGGAACUACACCAAAUUAACUACAUGAGAAGAGCUGGGAUACGGGUUCCAACCAUAUUUCGUGCAUUUGCCAACCAAUUCGGUGGAUUUGAGACAGUUGGAUUUGAAAUGAAAGACAUAUAUAAUGCUAAAGAGAAGCAAAGAAGAGCUAGAGCAACAGAUAGGGGAGUGUGCUCUUAAGUAUUUGUUAUGCUUAAAGAGCAACGCUGGAAGUACCUUUUGGAAGUACUCAUUGGAUGAUGAGAGAAGGUUGCAGAUCAUAUUAUGGUGCAACAGAACUAGUCGUUAUGACCAUAGUGUUUUCAGGGACGUUCUGGGAUUUGAUACGACGUAUGGAAGAAAUCGGUACAAGUGCCCGUUGGUGAUAUUCUUAGGAGUGGACCAUCGUAUGCGGACAUUGGUUAUCGGGUGCGCUAUUCUUAGUAAUGAGUCUUAGGAUAGUUAUGUGUGGUUGUUGCGGGCAUUUCUUGAAGCAAUGAAUGGCAAGGAACCAAAGUUAGUGAUAACAGACAGCGAUCUCGCAAUGAAAAAUGCAAUUAGUAUGGUUUUUCCAAGUGCUCAUCAUAGGCUUUACAGUUGGCACCUGCUACGAAAUGCAACUGCCAAGGUUUCUUAGCAAGUUUCGUUUAUGCCUUAUGGGAGAUCUUGAGAUUGAUGAAUUUGAGAAUUUAUAGAGUCAGACGGUGGAAGAGUUUGGGUUGGAGCAUAACGCAUGGGUUACUGACCUCUAUGAACAAAAGCACAUCUGGUCCAAUGCAUAUAUUCGGGAAAAAUUCUUUGCUGGCCUAAAGACUAAAUCUCAAUGUGAGGCACUUAAUAUGCAGAUAGGGAAAUUUAUUGGCAACAGUUACAACCUUAGGGAAUUCAUUGAGCAUUUUCAGCACUACCUGGAGUUCAUGAGAAGGAGAGACCUGGUUGCAGAUUACAAGUCUGCGUAUAGCGAACCUUUGGUGAAAACCAAGCUGGAGGUGUUGGAAAGGUAUGCAGCGACAAUUUACACGAAGGAGGUAUUCCUUCUUUUCAGAGAGGUUCUUCUAUUUUCUAGUAACGUUAGGGUAGUUUCCAGAAAAAAGACAACCUCAUGCACCCUAUUUGAAGUUACGAUGUACUGCCAGCAAAGGUGCUGGAAUGUUGCAUGGGCAAAAACCGAAGAGGAAUUUACUUGCUCAUGCUUGCACAUAGAGUCUUUUGGCAUUCCAUGUGUUUACAUAGUAGGUGUCUUGGUGUAUCUGAACAUUACCAUUAUCCCUGCUAUGCUCAUAUUAGAAAGGUGGACAAAGAGAGCUAAACAACCGACGCUAAACACUGUUACACGUGUUGGAGAGAUUCCGGACGCUGCUUACAUGAGCAUGCAUGCAGCAAUGUUUGAUGAUUGCAGAGACCUGAUUAGAUUGUCAUGUCGACACUUUGAAUAUUAUUUUGAGCUCAAGACUAGGAUUGCAAAUGAAAGGGCAGCUUUAAGAGAAAAGCAUCGCUUACGAGCCGGGACUGUCGACGUGGGUGAAAGGCUUGGUGUUAGAGAUCCCUUGUGCGCACGCACAUCCUGGUAUGAAAAUCACUUUCUCCUCGACGGUGUCUUCAUUUUACAAAAUACCCCCAUCCUUCGUCGACGCCGCUUCUCACCGAUUCCCUCCAAAUCCUUCAUCAUCGGCGCCUUUCGCCCCUUCACCGCCGUUUUCGAAGCUCCAUCACACCCCUUCCCUAAUCUCUCCGACUCUCCGUCACACCCUUCCCAAUCUCUCUCUUUCAGUUUCGAUGCCGAUGAAUUUUGCUACCUUCUCGACGCUGUUUUCUGUCGCUGCUCGCUAAAGCUCGUCAGCGUCGUCGCCGACGCUUCUACCUCUUCUUCUCGUCGCCGUUGGUUCAAUGACAGAUAUGGCAAGCUUUCUGUGAAGGAACUCCCUUCAUUCUUCUCUUCCUUGUUUCUUCACUAUGACUGUCAUGACAAGGAUUUCAUAGAGUUAAGUUUACAAGACAGUGAGAAAGUGUUCAGAAGGGCCUCCAAUCCCCGGAUUGUUGUAUUUUUGCUGAAAAGCAAACCAGUUGGGUUUCUACUCAACAUUGGUUUACUUGGUCAGAGAGUCUGCUUGGAGGACAAGGAUAUGGUUAAGGCAAUACAAGAAGACAUGAACAAAUACAUUAAGAUCCUUGUGGAGGUUUCUUGGGGAAAAAAGGUACUUCUAAUUGAAGGGAAGAUAGAUCCAGAAAGUGACAAGAUUUCAGAUUUAACUUUGUGCCCUUUACAUCCAAUUGAAAUAACAUUAGGCAGUACUGAUAAAGAUUUUGUUCUUAGUAGGUUAGAGCGUUAAGUAGUUCUAGUACUAUUCCACUACCACUGCCACCGCCGCCACCCUCAAUCUCUUUGGAUGAGGACUAUGAUAAGGAUGAAGAUGACACUGAAGACUAUAGCUGAUAGUUUUAGUAUGGUUGAAUAAUUUACUGAGAAUUAUAGUUGAUGUAUCAAUACACUUUGUUUAUGUUUUGAAUUAUAGUACUUUUCUUUUAGUUUGAUAAUA